AUGCCUGCACAACAGCGGAAAGGAAAUAAGGCGGCACGAUCGAAAGCCGGCUCGAAAUUUAAAGGCAAAGGGCGUCAAUCGAAGAACGAAGUGGUUGAUGUGUACGAAGCCGAUUAUAACGAAAGUUUAUCGAGAAAGGGUCAUGAUCUAGACGAAGUGGAUGACUUUGAAUACCAUGCUGGCGAGAUCAAAGGGUCAGAUGACGAAGAAAUCGAUUCCGACGAAGCUUUUGACGAAUCCGAUGACGAAAGAUUUGAUCAUUUCAUGUUUAAAGGGUCCACUAAACCUUCGGAAAAGAAGAAACUUUUGAAAUCGGCCAAGCGAUCGCUUGGAAGUGACGAUGAUGUUGACGAGGAGGAGGAGCAAGAGAUCGAUUUGAACGAAUCCGAGAGUGACAGCGAUCGUGACGACGAAGAUGAGGAGGAGCUGGAAGAUGGCGAAGGAUUUGUCGAUUUAUCAACGAUGCUGGACAAUAACGACGAAGAUCAGGGCGCUGUCGUCAAGCAACUGAUGCCCCAACAAGCCGAAAGCGAAGAAGAGACAUGGCAUGGUUUCGGUGAUCUGGCUGGAACAGAUGCCGAAGAGAGUGAAGCUGAGGAGGAGGACGAGGACCGUAUGAGCGAAGAUGAAGAUGAAGACGAACAGGACAAAAAAGUGGUUCGAUUUAUCGAUGCUUUGGAAACCAAAAAGCGCAAGCGAGGCGAUGAUGAAGACGGUAAACGCAAACGUCCGAUUGCCGAAAGAACCGAAGCAUAUCAAGAGUCCGAGUUCAAUUUACCCGUUCGAUCCUCUGGAACAUCGGCGGUGAAGAAGAAACUGGAUUUGGGCGACUUGAUGGAUUCAAUGGCCGACGAAGCCUCUUUUGGUACGUUGCGCAAGAGUCUCGAAGAAUUGGAAGGAAAAGGCAAAGGUGUCGUCAAGAGCGCACUCGAUGCUCCUCUGCCAAAACGUAUCCAGGAUCGUCUUGAACGUCAAGCCGCGUACAAGGAAGCCACCAAAGAAGUCAGCCGAUGGGACACUACUGUGAAACAGAAUCGUGAAGCUGAACAUUUAUUCUUCCCUCUGCAAGCUCCUCCCUCUGAGAAGUUGUCGAACAAGGUCAUGGGGGCCAAGUUUGAGCCGCAAACCGAUCUCGAGAAACAGAUUCACCAAGCUCUCGAAACCGCCGGCAUGAAAGACAAGGAAGUCGAAGCGUUCGAAGCUUUGCAAUUGAACAAGUUGUCGGUGGAGGAGGUUGAAGCUCGCCGGGCCGAACUUCAAAUGAUGCGAGAGCUCAUGUUCCGUCACGAAAUCAAAGCGAAGCGUUUGAAGAAGAUUAAGAGUAAGAGCUACCGCAAGUUGCAACGCAAGGAAAAAGCACGAUUGGAACUUCAGGCGAAUCAGUUAUCCAAUGUGGAUCAUGAAAUGUCUCAUGAAGAUCAGUUAAAGGCAGCAAUGGAUCGUGCAGAAGAGCGCAUGACUUUGAAGCACAAGAAUACCAGCAAGUGGGCGAAGCGUGCGUUGGCCCGUGGACAACAAGAUGAAGGUACACGCGAAGCUAUCAUGGAACAAUUACGAAGGGGUGAGGAGCUUCGACGUAAAGUGCAAGGCUUGGGAUCGGAUGACGAUUCCGAUGCCGGAAGUGAUCAAGAUCAAGAUCUUGACAGCGAUAACGACGUAUCGAAUGCCUUGUCCCAAAUGGAGCGUGAAUUGGACGAGGAUACGCAACCUAAGAAGGGUCUAUUCCAAAUGAAGUUUAUGCAAGAUGCCGAAAAGAGAAAGGAGCAAGCGAAUAAGGCCAUGCUCGAAGAAUUUAAAAACGAAUGGCUUGCCCCUGACAGCGAUGACGAUCAGCCAGCAGAAUCCCAGGAAUCCAACUUUUCCCAUGUCCAGAACAAUCCUGGUCGUAUGGCUUUUGGUGCGAAAAAGAAUGAAACUAAAAACUCAGAGACAGAAGAGACAACCAAGUCGGAGAAACGGUCAGUGGGUCUUAACGAGGCUGGUCAAGUCAAGAGCGUAUCACAUUCAGCAUCACAUAAUACUCGUACUUCCGGUCCCGUCAACUUGAAAAAUAAGAGCCCGUUGGCCGAAUUGGAUGAUGAUCAAGCGGAGAGUAAUCCUUGGCUUCAGAACGAUACCUCACGUCUUGCAAAGAAGGCUUCCAAAAGCAACAAAGCCAUCAACGGCAAGAACGAAACCAAAUCCGAGCAAAAUAUUUCCAAGAUUAAGAAGAACAAAAAGGAAGCACAAGCACUGCAAGAUACCGAGGAUGUUGAAAUCGAUCUUUCCAAAGCAUUGACCGUUAAGAGCCCAGCCAAGAAAUCGGAAGCCAAGGCGGUCACUGUGUCGGUUGCAGAGAAUGCCUCGGAUGAUGAUGAUGAAAGUGACGAUGACAAGGCCGUGGAAAACGCUAUUGUGCAUUCAUCAAAGGUCGCCUUUAGCCAGCGCGAGCUCGUGGCCAGAGCUUUCGCCAAUGACAACGUGGUAGAAGAAUUUGAAGAAGAGAAGCGGGCUACGAUCAAACAAGACGAUGAUAAAGUGGAAGAUAUGACGUUACCAGGCUGGGGCGAUUGGUCCGGCAAAGGAAUCAAGAAGAGAAAACGCACCCGACCGGAACUGCUCAAGAAAACCAAGGGUAUCAAGCCCGAACAGCGCAAGGAUAUCAAGUUGGCCAAUGUCAUUAUCAAUGAGAAGCGAAACAAAAAGGUUGAAAAAUACCAAGUUACCAAGGUUCCGUUCCCUUUCCAGAAUAUGGAGCAAUACGAACGUUCUCUGCGUGCCCCUGUUGGCAAGGAAUGGAAUACACGCGAUACUUUCCAAAAGAUGACCAAGCCAAGAGUCAUGACCAAGCUUGGUACUGUCAUCGAUCCUCUCAGCGCCCCAUUCCAGUAG